AAAAACUUAGUGAUAUACAUAUUCAUAUUUUCAGUCUCACACCAUCUCCUAUCUCUCCCCCAUCUUCUAUAUAUUCUACAGCUUGUCUAGUUGUCUUAACAGCUAUAACCAAUUAAGUUGGAGUCUUGAGCAUCUAAAGCUAUAAGAACAGGUCUCCAUUAAUGGUGAUUCAUCUUUUCAAGCUCACAUCAUUUCUUGUACUUCAUCUUCAAGAAAUCUUGAAGCCAUUUAUAUAGGGUAUAUUGAUUCUGGAUUGCUAAACAGACAGAUUCGGGUCGGGUUUAAAGAUGUAUGUAGUGGAUAGCAGAGGUGGUGCCAUAGCAUGUAUGCUGCUUGCACUCUUUUUCCUAGGAACAUGGCCUGCCAUUUUAACGUUGUUAGAAAGACGAGGCCGGCUUCCUCAACACACUUAUCUUGAUUACACAAUCACCAAUCUUUUGGCUGCUGUUAUAAUUGCUUUUACAUUUGGGGAAUUUGGCCAUACAAAUGAUGGCAAACCCAACUUUUUAGUCCAACUUUCUCAGAAUAAUUGGCCAAGUGUUCUAUUUGCGAUGGCAGGUGGGGUGGUUUUAAGUCUUGGAAAUUUGUCGACACAAUAUGCUUGGGCAUUUGUUGGUUUAUCGGUAACCGAGGUGAUGACUUCAAGUAUUACUGUUGUCAUAGGUACAACUUUAAAUUACUUUUUAGACGACAAGAUCAACAGAGCUGAGAUACUUUUCCCAGGCGUUGCGUGUUUCUUGAUUGCUGUUUGUCUUGGUUCGUUGGUGCAUGCAUCCAAUGCCAAAGAUAAUAAAGUGAAACUUAAUAAGUUAGAAGAUUCUCACAUGGCCGAAAAAGGACUACAGAGUAAUGGAACAAACCCAAAUUCAGCGGGAAAGGAUUUGGAACACGGAGCUGGUAAAGUAGAGAAAGCUAAAGCUGGGACUGCGACUUUUCUUAUUGAACUUGAGAGUCGAAGAUCUAUCAAGGUAUUUGGGAAAAGCACUUUGAUUGGUUUAGUCAUAUGUUUGUUUGCCGGAGUUUGUUUCUCUCUCUUCUCACCGGCAUUUAAUCUUGCAACCAAUGACCAAUGGGAUACAUUAGACGAAGGCGUUCCUCACUUAAGUGUCUACACAGCGUUUUUCUACUUUUCUUGCUCUUGUUUUGUGGUUGCCGUAAUUUUGAACAUCACAUUCCUUUACCGUCCUGCUUUCAACUUGCCACGAUCUACAAUCAAGGCAUAUCUGAAUGACUGGGAUGGUCGUGGUUGGGCAUUUUUGGCUGGUUUUUUGUGCGGUUUUGGGAAUGGUCUCCAGUUUAUGGGAGGCCAAGCCGCUGGUUAUGCUGCAGCUGAUGCAGUUCAGGCACUUCCACUUGUGAGUACUUUUUGGGGUGUGCUCUUUUUUGGUGAAUACCGCAAAUCGUCCAAGAGAACAUAUGUAUUACUUGUAGGCAUGCUAUCAAUGUUUAUUGUGGCUGUCGGAGUUCUAAUGGCUUCAGCUGGUCACCGGAAACACUAGACACAUUUCCACUGCAAAUUCAUUGUCACUGUAUAAGCAAAAAUUGUACAGAACACAAACAAAUCUAAGUUACUCAGGCAUAAAAGAUAUGAUAACUUGUUAGUAUGAUUUUAUAUGUUUAAACAUCUACGAUAGAAAUACGGUUUUUGUAUCUAGUUCAUUUUAAAGUUGUUAAUACCAUACUUCUUUUUUGUGCU